AUGUCUCCAAUGUCACUCCUUUUUCAGUUCCUGCUGGUCUCCUCAAUAGCCACCAAUAGCAGUUCGACGAUGAUGAUGAUGAUGGUGCAAGCCCAAGAGUGCGCUCCCAAUGGUGUUUGCGAUACCCAUCCUCGAUGUUCCGUCUGGAAGGAAGAAGGGGAAUGUAAAAAGAGUGCUGGGUACAUGCAAAGAUAUUGUCCAGUCUCUUGUGGUUACGCGAAUACUCCGAAACAUACGGCGGCCGAACUGUUGGAACAAUCCAUUCAAUUUGGCGUGAAACAAGAAGCUACUGGAGAGAGUAAAGAACUAACUUUGGGAGUCAUUGUGAAAACCAUUGAAUAUAUGAAGGAGCCACGGGAUGUACACUUUUGCAAAAACAAGCACGAAUUUUGUUCUUUCUGGGCGACGGUUGGCGAAUGCGAUGGCAACCCUGGAUGGAUGCAAGCUAAUUGUGGACCAGCAUGUGGAAAUUGCAAAUAG